AUGCCUAUCUGUAUCGAAUGCAGGCACCCCGUCAAGACGCUAUGGACAGCAUAUUCCGGCGCAGGGGAUAAAGCAAGUGGACAUAAUAUUCGACUAACUGUCUGUCGCAACUGUGGCUGCUUCUGUGACAAGUAUGUGGAGCAUGACUUUGUCGUUUUAUUCAUCGAUCUGGUUCUUAUAAAACCUCAAGUGUAUCGGCAUUUACUAUAUAACACGCUCAUGCGCGAUGAUGAUCGGCUAGAUCCUUCUAUCAUCCGCCUGGGCAUCCUACUACUUCUCUUUGAUGUGUAUCUGACAUGGGCACGACUGGAAAAGCAGACAGUGCCUGACGCUCUUCCAGGGGCAAGCAAUCUAGGCAAACUGGCACAACAGCCAAUUGUUCUUCAAUACCUUUUCUUCCUAAUAUUCUGCGCCCUAUCAACAGCAGCAUUUCAUGUGAGCAUACGCUUUCUCACAUCCUCUGCAUUUUCGCCUCUCAAUCUUCUGGGAAUCUUGCCUCAGUAUACGAGGCCAAACUCGGUAUCCACAGCUCUUCUGGUCUCAUCGUCAACCAAACUAUUUCCCAUUCUCUUGGUGAUCUGGGACUAUGACGUCCCCGCCUCGGCUCGUUCACUGGGUUGGGCUGUCGUGGCCAACAACGUCGAGGCUCUGCGAAUUCUUCUCGAUUGUGGAUAUAUAACAGCAUGUUUCCUCGCGAUCGCAGGGGCAGCCUCACGCUGGAUAGUCGGCCGGGGAGUUUUGCUCGCCGCGGGUCUUGCAGACGUUGACUCGAUAGGCGAAAGCGGCGUGGCGGCAGACGGCAAAGCCCUCUGGGCAUUGUUGAUGUAUGCGGGAGAAUGGGCAGGUCGGCUCGCGGUCGGUUAA